CGCGCACAGCAGCCGGCGGUGGGCACCGCGCCCCCGGCCCCCCGAGGCCCCCGCGCAGCCCCGGACCCGGACCCGGACCCGGAGCCGGGUGCUCAGAGGAGGUCUUUGCAGCCUUGAGGGUCACCCCGCCAUCUUUGAAGCGACUCCUUUUCAACCCUGCCUUUGAGAUCAUCGAUGCCCUCCUAGCCCCGCCCAGGCAUGGAGGGCUUCAUGGACUCGGGGACCCAGACGGACGCGGUGGUGGUGCUGUCCCUGGCGCAGGCCGCCGUGCUGGGCCUGGUCUCGGAGAAUGAGCUCUUUGGCGCCACCAUCAGCGCCGACGCCUUCUACCCGGACCUGGGCCCCCCGGAGCUGUCAUCGGCGGCGGAGUCCGCGGCCUCUUCCCUGGGGGAGCCGGGCCCCCAGGACCCCGAUGUCUACCAGCUCGCCUGCCACGGACGCGGCCUGGAGGAGCCGGCGGCGGCGGAGGAGGAGGUGCUGGAGGUGGAGGCGGCCUUCGAGAAGCACACGCGGCGGAAGACACGGCCACCGGUGCGCCUGGUGCCCAAGGUCAAGUUUGAGAAGCUGGAGGAGGAAGAGGAGGAGGAGGAGGAAGUCUACGAGGUGUCUGUGUCCGGCGGCUGCAAUGACAAGGACGCAGGCCCCGCUGAGGUCCCCGGCUGCGAGGCCCUGGUGCAGAGCAGCGCCGUCAAGAUGAUCGACCUGAGCGCCUUCAGCCGCAAGCCCCGGCCGCUGCGGCCCCUGCCCCGCGCCCCAGCCCCGCGGCCAGAGCUGGACCUGGCCCCCUACGCCCCCCACUUCCCCGAUCCCGCCCGGGAUGUCGUGUACCCGGAGCCCGACGCCUUGCCCUUGACCUUGACCUCCGAGUGUGGCUUUGAGCCGCCGCCGCCUCCUCCGCCGCACCUGGCCCCGCUGGGCGACCCCGAGGCGCCCCCCGCCUCCGCCGCCACCGUGGGGUCCCCGGAGGCCCUGAAGCCCGAGGAGGGGGGCUUCGUGUGGCCGGAGGCCGGCGAGCUGGAGGCGGCCGCCGGCUCGACCGCCGAUCGGCACAAGAAGGCCCAGCUCGACCGGCUGGACAUCAACGUGCAGAUCGACGACUCGUACCUGGUGGAGGCGGGCGACCGGCAGAAGCGCUGGCAGUGCCGCAUGUGCGACAAGUCCUACACGUCCAAGUACAACCUGGUCACGCACAUCCUGGGCCACAACGGCAUCAAGCCGCACGCAUGCCCGCACUGCGGCAAGCUCUUCAAGCAGCCCAGCCACCUGCAGACGCACCUGCUCACGCACCAGGGCACGCGGCCGCACAAGUGCCAGGUGUGCCACAAGGCCUUCACGCAGACCAGCCACCUCAAGCGCCACAUGCUGCUGCACUCCGAGGUGAAGCCCUACAGCUGCCGCUUCUGCGGCCGCGGCUUCGCCUACCCCAGCGAGCUCCGGGCCCACGAGGGCAAGCACGAAAGCGGCCGCUGCCACGUGUGCGUGGAGUGCGGCCUGGACUUCUCCACGCUGGCGCAGCUCAAGCGCCACCUGGCAUCCCACCAGGGCCCCACCCUCUACCAGUGCCUCGAGUGCGACAGGGCCUUCCACUACCGCAGCCAGCUGCACAACCACAUGCUCAAGCACCAGAACGUGCGGCCCUUCGUGUGCACCGAAUGCGGCAUGGAGUUCAGCCAGGUGCACCACCUCAAGCAGCACUCGCUCACGCACAAGGGCGUGAAGGAGUUCAAGUGCGAGGUGUGCGGCCGGGAGUUCACGCUGCAGGCGAACAUGAAGCGGCACAUGCUGAUCCACACGAGCGUCCGGCCCUAUCAGUGCCACAUCUGCUUCAAGACCUUCGUGCAGAAGCAGACCCUCAAGACCCACAUGAUUGUACACUCGCCCGUGAAGCCGUUCAAGUGCAAGGUGUGCGGGAAGUCCUUCAACCGCAUGUACAACCUGCUCGGCCACAUGCACCUGCACGCGGGCAGCAAGCCCUUCAAGUGCCCCUACUGCUCCAGCAAGUUCAACCUCAAGGGCAACCUGAGCCGGCACAUGAAGGUCAAGCACGGCGUCAUGGACAUCGGCCUGGACAGCCAAGACCCCAUGAUGGAGCUGGCGGGCGCCGACCCCUCGGAGCUGGACGGCCAGCAGGAGAUGGAGGACUUUGAGGAGAGCGCGUACGCGUACGCGGGCGUGGACGGCGGCGCCGAGGCCAGCGUGCUCACCGAGCAGGCCAUGAAGGAGAUGGCCUACUACAACGUGCUCUAGCGGCCCCCGGAACCGGGUGAGGGGGGCCUGGGCGUGGGGGUGAGACCCCCAGGAGUCACCACUAGGGACUCGCAGACCAAAUGGAUGAACCACUGGCCUCGGCUGGGAACCGGACCCGGGCCCCAGGCCCUGCGGGAAAGGGAGGGUGGCAGGGACCCUGGUCUGCGGCUCCUGGGCCUGCCUACUGCCCUGGGAGGGUCGGGGACAGGGACAGGCUCUCAGGUGUCCCCAGGCCCGCAGUGUCCCGCAGGGCCAAGCCGAUGGCUCCUCAGGGGGUCCCGACACUGGAAAAAAGGAUCGUGGAGCCUUGUUCCCCUCCCUGCCUGCUUCUUAGGGAUGUUGGGGCUCCCGGCUGGCCAGCACUGCCCACCCCUUACCCAUGAGCCCCCGGGGCUGGGCCCCCCCUCCCCCACCCUGCCCCCCGGACAGCCAGGCAGGGCCCCGCCUUCUACCUCCCGGUGCCUCCCCGGCUCCCCCUGGAGCCAGGGGCACGUGCGGCCCCAUCCUGGCCGGCGGGACAGCAGGGUGCAGCUCACCCCCCCCCCCCCAGCAAACGCCUUCUCCAGCCCACCCCCCGCAGGCCCCUUCUUACCGCCCGGAGGUGGGUGGAGUCCCCCAGUUCUGUCUUAGCCGGGGCUCCACACGGUGUCCCCGAUCGAUCGGGGCCCCCGAUGUGAGCUGAGCCGGGCACCGUGAGGGGUCUCUGAGACCCCCCCCCCCAGGAGCUGCCCGGGCUGGGGCCGGAGCAUUCGUCUUAUUUAAGGGGUCACCGUGUCCCUGCUGAGGUCGGGACAGCCCCGUCUGCAGGGCCCCCCCGAAACAGCCACAUUUAAAAAGGAAAAUGAAGACCAUAGAGAGAAAGGAGAUUUUUUUUUUUUUUUUUUUUUUGAGCAAAUGGGGGACUUUGGAAGGUAAUUGAUUUUACGCUUAUAACCUUUCUAAUGGAGGCCGUUUUCUUUUUCCCAACGGGAGCUUCCUUACGUGCUGUGUGGGCGCUGUGCCCCCAUCCGAGAACUUUGUCCUGGCCUGGCGGACCUCGGGGGCUGCGCUCCGGCCCUGGGGGCCCAGCUGCUGGCAGGGAGGCUCAGGGGGUGCGUGGGGAGGCAGGAGGAGGCCUGGGGGGCAGGCCCUCCACCCCCACCCAGCCCCUCGCUCUGACCCGCUUCCUCCCGGGCCCUGUCCCCCGCCGGCUCCUGCCCCUGGAACCGGAGGCGGCAGGCCCCUGGCAGGGCAAUGGCACAUUCAGGAACCGGGGGCACCCAGACCCCUGCCCUCUGUAGGGAGAGGCGGGCAGGGCUGUCCCCGAAGGCCCAGAGGAGGUGAAGCCACCAACGUCAGCCCAGGAACCAGGUGCGGGGACAGCUGGGGCUGGGAGAGCACUUUGCAAUGCAGCCCCUGUGCCCAGGUGGGGGGGGGGGGGGCGGGCCUCGGGGUCAGGCCGCCCGGGGCCCCUCCUUCUCUGCUGCAGCUCCUGCUAAGCAACAGACGAGACGUUGGGGGCCACGGGGGCCCCUCCCCAAGCCUGGCUCUCCAGACCCCCCGCCCCCCGGCGCCCCGGCGCCUGCCACGAUGACCCUCAGGUGGCAGUGACCCCAUCACUGUAGAGACGUUUUCUCCUGCUGAGACGCAUCGUUCCUGAAAACUACCUCUUCCCACGACGUCUUUCUCCCCUGGUACCAAAAAGAACCCCGUACCUCUCCUCCUCCUCCUCCUCCUCCCACUCCUCCUCCUCCCUCCCUCCUCCUCCUCCUCUCCUUCCUGCUUCCUCUUUUUUUCCCUCAUCUUUCCUUCCUCCUCCUCCUCUCUCCCUCCUUCUUCUUUCCCU